GUGAAUCAAGAGUCCAAAAGGGGAAGAGCGAUGGCUACCAUGUCGAUGAACCGACUGCUGCGCGGCGUGGCGGCGCUGUCCGUGUCGGCCCCGCGCGCCAGCCUGGUGCGCGCCGCCAGCACGCAGGCGGCCGCCAUGCCGGCCAACCUGUCGCUGGCCGAGGAGAAGCCCAUGCCGCCCCCGCGCGUGAUCCCGGCGGCGCAGGAGGUCAAGGUGACGCCGUCGGGCGACCUGGAGCUGCAGCUGCUGUCGCUGGCCGAGGACUCGCAGGAGCUGGGUACCGUCACCAUGGACGGCGAAGUGUUCGGCGCGCCCGACCGCGUGGACAUCCUGCAGCGCGUGGUGCGCUGGCAGCUGGCCUGCCGCCGCGCCGGUACCAACAAGACUAAGACGCGCUCUGAGGUCAGCGGCUCCACGCGCAAGCCGUGGAAGCAGAAAGGCUCGGGCCGCGCGCGUGUGGGCGACAUCCGCGCGCCGCAGUGGCGCGGUGGUUACCGCGUGCACGGCCCCGUGCUGCGCGACUUCUCGUACAACCUGCCCAAGAAGGUGCGCGCCAUGGGCCUGCGCGUGGCGCUGUCCACCAAGCUCCGUGAGGGCAAGCUGGCCGUCGUGGACUCGCUGGACGUCGACGUUACCAAGACGAAGGAUAUGAAGAAGCUGCUGGGCGGCCGUGGCUGGGACCACGCGCUGUUCGUGGGCGGUGAGGAGGUCGAGUCGAGCUUCGUGCUGGCGACGCGCAACAUCCCGUACGUGGACACGCUGCCGCAGAACAAGAUCAACGUCUACUCGAUCCUGCAGAAGGACCUGCUGAUCAUCACGAAGGAUGCCGUCAAGUACCUUGAGGAGCGUCUUCACGUCGACUAG